AUGCUACAACAUUUCAAUGUGCCCACCGAAGGCAAUAAACAUCAAAUAUCGUAUGGCUUUGUUAACUACGCCCUCGAGCUGCUGGUGCUCAAGCAUUUUGGCGACGAGAUUUGGGAAAAAAUCAAGAAAAAGGCCAUGGUCAGCAUGGAGGGACAGUUCCUGGUGCGACAAAUUUACGACGACGAAAUAACAUACAAUCUAAUUGGAGCAGCUGUCGAGAUACUGAAUAUACCCGCUGACGACAUCCUGGAACUGUUUGGCAAGACAUUCUUCGAGUUCUGCCAGGACUCGGGCUACGAUAAGAUCCUGCAAGUGCUGGGAGCCACGCCACGUGAUUUCCUCCAGAAUCUGGACGCCCUGCACGACCACCUGGGCACUCUGUACCCUGGAAUGCGAGCCCCUUCCUUCCGCUGUACGGAGAAGGAUGGCGAGCUGCUGCUCCACUACUACUCCGAACGGCCGGGCCUGGAGCACAUCGUCAUCGGAAUCGUCAAGGCCGUUGCAUCCAAGCUGCACGGCGUGGAGGUGGAAAUCGACAUUGUAAAGCGCAAAGGCGAGCCCAUCGACGAGGCUGAAAAGGAACGGGCCCUGGCCAGGGAACAGCAGCAAUUGGAUACCGACACAGCAACGGCGACAGCAACGGCAACGACAGCGGCGACGACGGCAAUGGCGACGGUUGUCCUGGGUCCUUCGAGUCAGGAUGCCGAGCGAAACAAUAAUCACAAUGGCAGUAACAAUAAUGGCCUGGCCAGCAGCAGCAACAACAACGGCAACGUCAACAACAACAACGACGGCCAACAGAUUGCCACCGAGACAGACACCCCCCUUGGACUCGGCGGAUGCCCGAUGGCCCAGGACAGCUUCGACUGCGACGGCGACAAGGAGCAGAAGUGCCUGCGCCUCCUGAAGAACAAAAGCGACGACAUCGAGCGGUACGACCAUGUGCAGUUCCUGAUAAGGGAAAUCAACGUGGCGGCCAAGUCGCAGGUGGACGCCAAGAAGGACGAGGUGGUCGAUGACAUGGAGUUUCUCUGCGAAGCUCCACUGAUAUCGCCGGCCUCAUUCUGCAAGGUGUUCCCCUUUCACCUGAUGUUCGAUAGACAGAUGAAAAUCGUCCAGGCAGGCAAGGCAGUGUCUCGAGUAAUCCCCAGAGUCGCCGAAGAGAACUGCUCACUGAUAGAGGUGGUAGAGGCCAUCCGGCCGCACCUGCAACUCAACUUUGAGAACAUCCUGUCCCACAUAAACACCAUCUAUGUGCUCCAGACACGACAGGGAGCCAUGAGCAGCCGGCACGAGCAGCGCUUUCUGAGACUGAAGGGACAAAUGAUGUACAUUCCGGAAACGGAUCGGAUAUUGUUUCAAUGCUACCCGAGCGUCAUGAAUCUGGACGAUCUGACAAAGAAAGGACUCUACAUUUCGGAUGUGCCGCUCCACGAUGCUGCCAGGGAUUUGGUGCUGCUAUCCGAGAAAUUCGAGGCCGAAUACAAGCUAACCAAGAACCUGGAGAUGCUGACGGAUAAGCUGCAGCAGACGUUCCGCGAUCUGGAGAGCGAGAAGCAGAAGACCGACAGGCUGCUCUAUUCGGUCCUGCCAAAGUCGGUGGCGAAUGAGUUACGACAUCAGCGUCCAGUGCCACCCAAACGCUAUGACUCCGUGACGCUUAUGUUCUCCGGCAUCGUGGGCUUUGGCCAAUACUGUGCGGCCAAUACGGAUCCCGACGGGGCCAUGAAAAUCGUGAAAAUGCUCAACGAACUCUAUACUGUAUUCGAUGCUCUCACGGACUCCAAACGCAACCUCAACGUGUACAAGGUGGAAACUGUGGGCGAUAAGUAUAUGGCCGUUUCAGGACUACCGGACCCCUGCGAGGAUCACGCCAAAUGCAUGGCACGCGUGGCCCUGGACAUGAUGGACAUGGCCAAGAACGUUAAAAUGGGCUCGAAUCCAGUGCAAAUCACCAUAGGCAUCCACUCUGGAGAAGUAGUGACGGGCGUUAUUGGUAACCGAGUGCCACGUUACUGUCUCUUCGGCAACACGGUUAACCUUACCAGCCGGACGGAGACCACGGGUGUUCCGGGCCGCAUUAACGUCAGUGAGGAGACCUACAGACUCCUCUGUCAACCGAUCAACCAGGAUGAUUCAUUUAACUUGGAGUACCGCGGACCGGUCAUCAUGAAGGGCAAGCCGACGCCCAUGGACUGUUGGUUCCUGACCCGUGCCACUAGCAGUAUUCCGGUCCCUAGCUCCUUGGCCGCAGGAGGAGGGGGCAACGGCAGCCUGGACUCGCCGCUUCUGCAACCGACAACGCCGACUGCAGCGCCCAGUGGCGGCCCUAUCCCACAGAUGCGGGGACAUGCCAGCGUGUCACGUACCUCGUCCGCCGGAGGCACAUAGGAAAUGUGCAAGGAUUCGUCUUGCUGCUGCUGAAACAUCCUGUAAAGUUGCCACUGCGUGCGUGACUCCUCCGUCUGUUUCUGUAUGUGUGUGUGUCCUGGAAGUCCUGCAAGUCGGCCACUUAACCACUUCAUUUCUAUGCCUUUGUAUUUGUCCUGUCUGCCACCGCCACCCGUAACCUGAAACUCAGAACCCGCAACCCGCAUCCCGCAUCCUUUAACCCACAUCCGGCGUCCUUAGUCUUAGUGUUUAUGUAUGUGUGUGUGUGGCAUUGUGUGAUUGCGGCUGCUGGCACUGGAACAAGCUCGGAUCGUUGUGCAAGAUGCCUCACAGAUGUGUGGUGGAGGAGGAUUAUCCUGUAAAAAUGUUUAAGCUAUUUAAGUGUGUUAUGCGUGCUCCUGGUAGUAGUUGUGUAUUAUUGUGUAAAGAAUGAGUAAUUUGUUAAUAUGUAUUUAUUAUGAUUCUACUUUGUGAUGGUUUCUUAGGCUGAACUUUUUCGUGUAUACUGUACAUCUAAUCGAGACUUAAAAUAAAACAAAAAAAAAACUCGAACUGUAAAAAAUCUAAGAGAAUGUGAACAAAAUGUAAGGCAAAUAUUCUAACUAAACCUAACAAAACUUUUGGGACAACUUAAUAAAGACAUAAACGUAAAUUAGCAUAACCACAAAGCACCAAAAGAUAAACAAAUACCUAAAAAUAUAUAUACAUAAAUAUACACGCAUAUUUAAAUAUAGAUGUAAUUGGGUUCGUCAACUUCUAUACAGGGCUACCGACCAGUAAACAAACCAAAUUGUUAGCAAACUCAACUGCACCAAAACGUAAACUCUAUACAAGAUACAAGAUGUACAACAAAUGAUCUAAAGUCCAGAGCGCAACCUUAAAACAAUAGUUCGUUAGGCUAAGAACUCUCCAAUCCAGUGAAUGUUUGAGUUUCCAUUUAUCUAUGAGUAUUGUUACACGAAAGACAAAUCUCAACUUUACUCUAACUGAAAAAUAGCUUUAUAGUUCUUAAGCCAUUUCGCCGUCUAGCCAGAGGUCUAUCUCGAAAUCAUUCACCAUAGUUAAGGGAUAACCGCAUAGAGAAAUAUACCCAUAAAGAUUAUACAUAGUUAUAUUCAUAGCAAUAUCAAUGUGCACACAAAUUACAAAAUAUAUCCAAAAUGUUCAGCUGAAUGUUCUUCUAAGACGAAGCCUAGCUUUCGAGACUCGAUUUGUGUUUAUGUUUGUCGGUCUAAAGUGUGUUGAGUGUUAUUUAAAUUUAGGCUAAUUACUCGUACUCGAACUGUAAAAAGGCUAAGAAGUGUUAAGUGCUAAACUAACUAAACCCUAACCCCCUAUCUGCCCCCAAAACUGUCUUCAUCCGUACAUUAAAUGGAGUAAAUGUUAAACCAGUAAAUUAAUAUCUUAAAUUAAAAUCAAUAUGCAAAUGUAAUCCCAGAGUAAAAUGCAAGAUAAAACUAUGCAGAAGCAAAUAAAAAUAUUUCAUUGA